AUCUAUCUAUAUAAACCCACCAUAACCUUGGAUCCCUGCACAAUUCAAGCAUCACUUGUACGUUCAAGUAAUCCAUCUACCUCUCUGCCAAGAUGUGGAAAAGCAUCAUCAAUCACCCAAAUCAUCACUACUCUCUCAUGUUUUACUUCAUCACGAUCCUCCUCCUCAUCAUCAUCUCCUGUUGCUGUCCAUAUGUCUCAUGUUAUUCCAAUGCCUCUACCACUUUAUCUUCACCAAGAUUUUUAUGCCUCCCUCACCAGCGCUCUGCUUUGUUGCAGUUUAAACAAGAGUUUGCAUUUCAAAAACCCAACUUCACUUCUUAUCGUCGUUUCUGUUCCAUAUAUCCAUAUUCUUUUUACAGCAAUAUCUUCGAGUCUUAUCCAAAAAUGAAGUUUUGGAAGGCAGAAAAGGAUUGCUGUUCGUGGGAUGGUAUUACUUGCGACUUCAAAACUGGCCAAGUAGUAGGCCUGGACUUGGCUAACAGCUGGCUUCAAGGACCUUUGCAUUCCAACAGCAGCCUCUUUAAGUUGCGUCAACUUCAAGAGAUCAACCUUUCCUUCAACAACUUCAGUUUCAGCCUCAUCCCUUCUGAGUUUGGCCAGCUUUCCAGGUUAAUAAAUCUCAACCUCUCUUUCUCUAUGUUUUCUGGGCAUAUCCCAUCUGAAAUCUCAUUUCUUACCAAUUUGGAUUCUCUUGAUCUCUCUUCUUUUAAGCGUUAUGAUGAAACUACUCUUUUACAUCUCAGAAAAAUAGACUUUACAAAAAUCAUCCAAAAUAUGACAAAUUUAAGUCAACUUCACCUGCUCCAAGUUGACAUUUCAUCAUCAAUACCUGAAUCCUUGGCAAAUUUAACUUCUUUGACAUCUCUCGGACUUGGUGGAUGUGGAUUACAUGGCAAGUUCCCGGAGAAUGUCUUUGUCCUUCCUAACAUAUAUUUCAUCUAUCUACCAUGUAACCAUCUUCUAUCUGGAUCCCUUCCGCAAUUAAUUGAACCUUCUAACUCUCUGAGGUGGUUGGUUCUUGACAACACAAAUUUCUCGGGGAAAUUGCCACAAACAUUUGGCUACCUUAAGUCCUUGAAUAGAUUGGCUCUUUGGAAUUGUAAUUUUGUAGGGCCUAUUCCUUCUUCAAUUGGGAACCUUUCUGAGCUAACGUUUCUUCAGCUUUCAUUGAACCACUUCAAAGGUCAUGAACUUCCAUCUACAUUGGGAAACCUUGCAAAACUUACUGCUCUAGCCCUUGAUUCUUGUGAGCUUAGUGGUGAAAUACCCCUUUCACUUGGAAACCUCACACAAUUAGUAUAUUUUAGUCUCUCAAAUAAUGGUUUCAGCGGUCCAAUCCAAGCUAAUUCACUUGGAAACCUCACACAACUAGAAUAUUUUAGUCUCUCAAAUAAUGGUUUCAGCGGUCCAAUCCCAGCUAAUUCACUUGGAAACCUCAAACAGUUGCAAUAUUUAAAUCUUUCAUAUAAUAGUUUUAGUGGUCAAAUUCCUUCAUCACUUGGAAACCUCACAGUGCUUAAAGGUUUAGAUCUUUCAUUUAACAACUUGGGUGAAACCAUUCCUUCAUUUUUGUUUAUGUUGUCUUCUUUGAAAGUGUUGUAUCUGCGUAACAAUCAGUUUAGAGGCUCCCUAUCUAUCCAAAAUAUCUCUUCUUCCCAACUAGAGGUUUUGGAUUUGGGAGAGAACAAAUUAAAUGGACAAAUUCCUCAGUCGAUGUUCAAAUUGGUAAACCUGGUAACAAUUUCCCUUCCCUUCAACGACUUAAGUGGCACAGUUGAGUUAAGCAACUUCUCGAAACUGGUCAACCUCCAAGUACUAUCGCUUUCAUGGAAUCAUCUAUCUAUCACAAACUUGAGUACAACUGAACUUCCAAAGUUUCAACAGUUAGCUUUGGGCUCAUGCAAUAUAAGUGAAUUUCCAGAUUUCCUUAAGAACCAAGAUCAAUUAGAGUAUCUAGAUCUUUCUUUUAAUAGAAUUGAAGAUCAAAUUCCAAAUUGGUUAUGGGGUGCCAGAGGGAAAAUGAAAUUGGACUUCCUGGUAUUGCAAAGCAACAAGUUGCAUGGAUCACUUAUUGUUCCACCAUCGUCCAUAUCCUAUGUUGACUUCUCAUUCAAUAAUAUUAGUGGAAGAAUUCAUCCAUCAUUUCAAAAGUGGAGUAAUCUUAAGGUCCUUGACAUCUCUAAUAACCACUUUGGCGGAACUGUUCCGGGAUGGUUGUGCAACUUUAGUAGGUCUCUAGAGGCGUUGAAUCUGAAAAGGAACAAUUUUGAAGGGAGUCUACACCAGAUGUUCACAUGUGGAGGCAUGCAUAAUUUGAAGUCUCUAGACCUCAGCCAUAAUCAGUUUCAAGGUCAGCUUCCACAUUCUUUGGUUAACUGUAGUGAGCUACAAAUUUUAAAUCUUGGACACAACAUGAUAAGUGACACAUUCCCUUUUUGGUUACAAAGUUUGCCAGAGUUGCGAGUCUUGGUGUUACGUUCGAACAAAUUUUAUGGUCCAAUAUGGGAUCCAAAUAAACUUUCGGGUUUUGUAAAGUUGAGAUUUUUGGAUCUAGCUUUUAAUAAUUUUAAUGGAAGUUUACCAUCAGGAUAUUUUAGAAACUGGGGUGGCAUGGCGGUUAAAGAUAUUAAUCAUAAGAACCCAUUCUUCACAUAUUUGAGAGUUUCUUCAUCCAAAUAUUUCACUGUGUUUUACUAUAUUCCCCUUGUGAUCAAGGGAGUAGAAAUGGUGGACGGAAAGAUCUCAAGUGCCUUCACAUCCAUUGACCUCUCAAAUAACAAAUUUGACGGAGAAAUUCCUACUAGCAUAGGAGAUAUGAAGGCUUUAGUUGUGCUCAACCUAUCCAGCAACAGAUUCACAGGAACCAUCCCAUCAUCUAUUGGAAAUAUGAAGGAGCUUGAAUCGUUGGAUCUUUCAAACAACAGGUUGUUUGGUAGCAUUCCUCAACAGUUGACAAAUCUCUCAUUUCUUGCACAUUUAAACCUCUCUCGAAAUCAACUCACUGGCCCGAUACCAAAAGGCGGACAGUUGGAUACAUUUUCAAGUUCAUCUUUUGAGGAAAAUCCAGGAUUAUGCGGUUCCCAAAUAUUGUCGACGAAAUGUGAUGCCAAGGAGACACCAAUUUCUGACCAAACCAAAGAUGUAGAAUCAGAGGAUGGUUUUACUUGGAAACCGGUAGUAAUGGGAUAUGGAUGUGGACUAAUGGUUGGAUUUAUCAUCGGAUAUGCCACCCUCCUUCAACAAGGCCCAACUGCUCUUUUUUGGACAAGCUUCAUAGGAAGAUAUAUCUAUGCACGCUGGUGAAUUUGGAGCAUAACAGAGAUGUAAUUGUUGACGCAAGAAUCACCACAAAACUGCAGAGGAAAUGAGAAUCUUCAAAGUAGUCAUUGACAACUGGGCCAAUGUUGGAUGACAAACACUUGGUCAAGCUGCUGAAUAUAUAUAUAUGUGUGUGUGUGUGUGUGUGUGUGUGUGUGUUAUGUUUUCGUUAUUUUGAUUUUCCAUUUUCAUCUUUUGUCAUACUUGUUCCAUACAGUAAAAUGAUACAUAUAUUAGUGGUUGAAUUAUAUAAUCAUUUUCCAUA